GUAAUCCCGUCUCUCCAGCCGGCAGACAUGGCGACAGCGAGGACGCUCGUAUGCUCCACAACAAGCUGCAUCUGAAGCGGCUCCGCAGCAUCACCGUCGCGCUCGGCGCAUUCGUGGACAAACGCACACUUGCACACAGUGGAUUUAUAAUCGGGGCUGAGCCAGGAAGACCAUGGUGGAACAGGGCCAAAUGUCGUUGGCGGGACAGAGGUUAGGGGCACCAGAGACUCUGGGGAUCAGCACCCUAGAGCCCGGACACAAACCGCCUGCUAUGCCACCUGGACGCCUGGUGCCCAUCAGAGUCGUGCUGCUGGAUGACUCAGAGGAGAUAUUCGACAUAUCGCAUCGAGCAUCGGGCCGGGUUCUGUUCGAGAUGGUCUGCUUGCAUCUGAACCUUAUUGAGGGGGAUUACUUUGGCCUAGAGUUCCAGAGCCAUCACAGAAAAAUGGUUUGGUUGGAUUUACUAAAGCCCAUUAGAAAGCAGAUCACACGGCCCAAGCACACCGUCCUUCGGUUUGUUGUGAAAUUCUUCCCCCCUGAUCAUUCGCUGCUGUUGGAGGAGCUGACCAGGUACUUGUUUGCGCUGCAGGUGAGGCAGGAUCUGGCCAGCGGACGUCUCACGUGUAGCGACGCCAGCGCUGCUCUUUUGGUCUCUCAUAUCAUCCAGUCCGAGAUUGGGGAUUUUGAGGAAACUCAGUGUAGACAGCAUUUACUUAACACCAACUACAUCCCUGACCAGAUGGCCCUGAUGGACAAAAUCAUGGAGUUCCACCAUAAACACAUUGGACAGACGCCAGCAGAGUCAGAUUACCGGUUGCUGGAGGUGGCGUGCAGGUUGGAGAUGUACGGCAUCCGACUCCAUCCUGCUAAAGACAGAGAAGGAACCAAACUCAGUCUGGCUGUAGCACACGGCGGCGUCCUCGUGUUUCAGGGACACAACAGGAUCAACAACUUCAACUGGUCUAAAAUCCGCAAGCUGAGCUUCAAGAGAAGGAGGUUCCUUAUCAAACUAAGAGCAGACCCUAGUAAUGUUCAUCAAGAUACUCUGGAGUUUUUUAUGGCGAGUCGGGACUGCUGUAAAAUGUUUUGGAAGAUCUGUGUGGAGUAUCACGCCUUCUUCAGGCUCUUUGAGGAGCCCAGACCCAAACCUAAACCGGUGCUGUUUAGCAGGGGCUCAUCCUUCAGGUUCAGUGGUCGGACACAGAGGCAGGUGAUAGAUUAUGUGAAGGAAAAUGAGUUUAAAAAACUGCCCUUUGAUAGGAAACAUAGUCGAGUGCAGUACAACAGCAGUCUGUCACCUCUGCGUUCUGCACAGCACCAAGUGCCAAAUCAAGCUGUCAAGCAGAGCUGGGAGGGCUCAUUUUUAGUAAGCUCAGAAGAUUCUGCGGUAGCUGUCAAGCAGAGCUGGGAGGGCUCAUUUUUAGUAAGCUCAGAAGAUUCUGCGGUAAUAAGACCAUGUGGAAACUCCUCUCCAUCGUCUCAGCGCAAUGGAUGCAGCGACCAAACGUACCCCAUUCAGGAGGACAGCAGAAGCCCGGCAGCCAAGCAGCAGCCCGUCGAUCGAGCAGAGGUGACGUGUGCUUUACUUAACGGUCACGCUGAUGACUGUAGAGGAGCGACGCCGUCUCCUCUCAUCUCACCCAUGCUGAAUGACACUGGUGCCAUACGCACUGAUGACGAGGAGGACAACAGGAGGAAGAACUGUCCCGCUGAUAAUGCAUACUGCAUUGCUAAAGAGCUGCUGUGUACUGAGAGGACAUACCUGAAGGACCUGGAGCUGAUCACAGUGUUGUUUCAGGGAGUGUUAAAUAAAGAGGAUUGUGUUCCUGACGCUCUGAAGACACUGUUGAGUUCCACCUAUGAGCCGCUACAUUCCCACCACACACACUUCCUCCAGGAGCUCGAGGAGAGACUGUCACUGUGGGAAGGCCGAUGCAAUACGGAGGUUAAAGGAGAAAUGCAGCGUAUAGGAGACCUGCUGGUGAGGAGUGCACAGGAGCUGAAGGCUCUCUCAGCUCAGCUGCAGAUGAUCUCCGAGUGUGUGUUUGCGCUGGAGAGAGCGUGUGUCACGUCCCGCAGGCUGGAGUGUGUGUGCCGUGAGUUUGAGCUGCAGAAGGUGUGUUACAUUCCUCUGAACGUCUUUCUGCUGAGUCCCCUCCAUCGCCUGCUGCACUACAGACAGAUACUAGACAGACUCUGCGAACACUACCCACCGACACACACCGACUACAGCGACUGCCGAGCUGCUUUAGACGAUGUGUGUGAAUUGGAGGCUGCGCUUCGUCCUGGUCUGGAAGAGAUUGAGAACUAUCAGAAACUCCUGGAGCUUCAGAAGGAUUUGAUUGGUGUUGAGCAUCUGGCCGUGGCUGGACGUCAGCUCAUCAGACUGGGCUGCCUCAGCAAACUCUCUGGGAAAGGCCUUCAACAGCGCAUGUUCUUCCUGUUUUUCCCAGAAUCCUCAGGGGCGUCUGAAGUGGAGUCAGAAGAUGAUCUUUGUGGAUCUCGAACAUCUUUGCCUCGAAAUGGCAACAAUUCAGGAAACACUCUCAACCGUGGCAACACGACAGCACACGUGUGCUGGCAUCGCAACACCAGUGUUUCCAUGCUGGACUUCAGCAUCGCCAUAGAGAACCAGCUCUCAGGAAAUCUGCUCCGAAAGUUUAAAAACAGUAAUGGCUGGCAGAAACUCUGGGUGGUUUUCACCAACUUCACCUUGUUCUUCUACAAAACACACGAGGAUGAGUAUCCGCUGGCCAGUCUGCCGUUGUUGGGUUACUCAGUAACACAUGCCGGCGAGUCGGAAAACAUCCAUAAAGAUCACGUCUUCAAACUGCAUUUCAAAUCUCAUAUCUACUACUUCAGAACAGAGAGUGAAUACUUUUUCGAAAGAUGGAUGACGGUGAUCAGAAGUGCUACAGUCUCUGCCAGCAGAACCCGCUAUCUGAACCGGACAGAACCGGACUGAACCUACCAUGUGAACCAGGCUGAACCCUACUGAAACUGCCAUCUGACCUGGACAGAAAAAAACAUAAACCCACAGACCCAUGCAGGCAUAUAGGGAGCAACCAUCUCCGUGUGUUUGUGCUUUUAUGACAACGUCACUUUUUUUUAGUGACUGACGUUUUUUUUAAUAGCAUUGUUUCAUAGUAUGACGUUAAAGGGGAAUGUCGCCAUUUCACUUCUGAGCCUUUUAAUAGACACUCUUCAGUUCAAAUAUCAGCCUCGGGCAAGUUUUUUUUGUUUCCUAUUAUUUGUAUUUUUGCUGAAUUACUUGUAAGAAACAGAAAUAAUAUGUAAGGUGCUUAAACUGCAUCAGUGACAUUAAAGUUUUAUUUUAAAGGAGAAAAUCAGAGAGUAAAACAGCAAAUGAUAAAAGAUUUCACACACCUGGAGAAGUACAGAGAUCACCAUUGUGCCCUUAAGGACAGGUGAUGCUGGUGAGAUUUCAGAUAAAAGGUGCUUACAAAUCCUUAGUGAGAUGUUCACAAAAACUGCAUUGUGUUUCAUAAAAUGGCCUCAAAUAUUGAAAGGUGCUACUGUGUGUUCACAGGACGUGUUAGUGUUGGGUGUGAAUAGGACAUAAGGUUAACUGAGGUUUAUUAUAAGGUUUAUUUAUAGCAUGUGUUGACAUACUAAAGUCUUCAUCUUGAGAAACUAAAAGGAAAAGUGUUAAUAAAGGCUCAGAGAUGAAGAGAGGUGGAAUUCCCCUUUAACCUCAUGGCAUUCCCCAUAAACACACAGGUGCUUUUUAAUGUUUGUGUUUUGUCCUCUAGUGUAACAAAACAUGAAAACGUGUUUCCU